AUGGCCGAUGGCGAAAGCAGAGACAGAGGUUUGACGACAGGCUCAUUUACGUCCUCUGAAACAGAAAUUUCAUGUCCGACGACGUUUGAUGACGAAGGCAGGGGAGCAUCGAUCCCUGACUCCAUGGAGAUAACAAGAGAGAGGUUGGUGGAGAGGAGAAGAGAGGACGCUGGAGCUUCUCUAUCGACGACGAUUCACCGCGGCCUCGCCGAAUUUCAAGUCGGAGAUUUGUUAGGUUUCGCCUUCUUUGUCGCAAUGUGUGAGAUGCUUAAAGAAAGACGGGUUCUGCCGGUUUCAAGCAACAGAGACAGGGUAUCGCCUUACCCGCUACGCUCUUGUCGGAGCAAGAAACAGAAAGAAGCCGAGUCGUCAUCACCUCUCGAUUCAGAGAGUGUGAGUGAAUGGGAGGAUGUUAGGUGUGUGAUCUGCAUGGAGCCGCCGCACAAUGCCGUCCUCUUGCAAUGCUCUUCCUUCUCCAAAGGAUGCCGUGCUUACAUGUGCGACACUAGCGCGCGUCACUCCAACUGCUUCAAGCAGUUCCGCAGAAACAAGAACACAAGCCGAUGCAGUGUCAAGACUCUUAGCUGUCCCUACUGCAGAGGAGAGGUUCACGGGACGGUGAAGUCUACCUCCGCGCGGAGAUUCAUGAAUGCGAGACCGAGGUGCUGUUCUAUGGACAAGUGCGGUUUCUCUGGGAGCUAUUCUCAGCUCAAGACACACUUGAAAGCUGAGCAUCCGGGUUUUACGCCUCCGAAAGUGGACCCUUUGGAGAAACGCAAGUGGGAUGAUUUGGAGAGAGCGGAGUUCAUUGAGAUGAUCAACGCUCGUCAGAGAUGGGAAUCAGAGCAGAGAUCUCUCUAUCAGCUUCCGCAUCACCAUCCCUUGAUCGAUCUCAACUUUGAUGCGUUCAUGCACAAUCUUUUUAUUGGUGUAAGGGGUGGUCAAGCAAGUGAUGCUAAUACUUCAAUGCCCCGGUUGGAGUUCAAUGGUACCAGAUGGACUCCGUGA